GCGUGGGGACGUGGGUGGAGGUGGGUGCCUGGACAUACCACUACAGUGACCGAGGGGACUACACGUGGGAGCAGGCCAGGAACUACUGCCAGACCUUCUUCACUGACCUGGUGGCGAUCCAGAACAAGUGGGAGAUCGAGUACCUCAACAAGAGCCUGCCCUUCCACGGGCGCUACUACUGGAUCGGUAUCCGCAAGCUGAGUGGCACCUGGACCUGGGUGGGCACCAGGAAGGCACUGACGAAGGAGGCAGAGAACUGGGCAGCCGGGGAGCCCAACAACCGCCGCUCCAACCAGGACUGCGUGGAGAUCUACAUCCAGCGGCAUCAGGAGUCGGGCAAGUGGAACGAUGAGCCCUGCAGCCGGAAGAAAAAGGCGCUGUGCUACCAGGCCUCCUGCCAGCCCUUCCCGUGCAGCCAGCAUGGCGAGUGCGUGGAGACCAUCGGGAGCUACCGCUGCGAGUGCCACCCCGGCUUCUACGGCCCUGAAUGUGAGAAUGUUGUGCAGUGCGCCGAGCUCGAGCCCAAGGGAGCACGCAUGAACUGCAGCCAUCCCUAUGGAGACUUCAGCUACAACUCCACCUGCAUGUUUGGGUGCCAGGAGGGGUUUGAGCGGCGAGGAGUGGGCACGCUGCGAUGCCUGGCUUCCCAGCAGUGGUCAGCAGACACCCCCACGUGCACAGCUGUUGCCUGCCCAGUGCUCAGCGUGCCAGACCAAGGAGAGCUGAACUGCUCCCACCUCCAUGGGGACUUCGCCUUUGGCUCCAUAUGUGCCUUCUCCUGCCAGACAGGGUUUAUGCUGAUGGGGCCAGAGAGCCGUGAGUGCACGGCCAUGGGGACCUGGACGGGGGACACUGCACGAUGUGAAGCCAUCACCUGCCCGGUGCUCAGUGCUCCAGACCAAGGAGAGCUGAACUGCUCCCACCUGCACGGGGACUUUGCCUUUGGCUCCACGUGUGCCUUCUCCUGCCAGACGGGGUUUGCACUGACGGGGCCAGAAAGCCGCGAGUGCACGGCCAUGGGGACCUGGACAGGGGACUCCCCACGAUGUGAAGCCAUCACCUGCCCAGUGCUCAGUGCUCCAGUCCGAGGACAGCUGAACUGCUCCCACCUCCACGGGGACUUCACAUUCAGCUCCACGUGUGCUUUCUCCUGCCAGACGGGGUUUGCACUGACAGGGACAGAGAGCCGCGAGUGCACAGCUAUGGGGACCUGGACAGGGGACUCACCACAAUGCAAAGCCAUUGCCUGCCCAGUGCUCAGUGCUCCAGAUCGAGGAGAGCUGAACUGCUCCCACCUCCACGGGGACUUCGCCUUUGGCUCUACAUGUACCUUCUCCUGCCAGACAGGGUUUGAAUUGAUGGGGCCAGAGAGCCGUGAGUGCACGGCCAUGGGGACCUGGACAGGGGAUGCCCCACGCUGUGAAGCCAUCACCUGUCCGGUACUCAGUCCUCCAGACCAAGGAGAGCUGAACUGCUCCCACCUCCACGGGGACUUCGCCUUUGGCUCCACAUGUGCCUUCUCCUGCCAGACAGGGUUUAUGCUGAUGGGGCCAGAGAGCCGCAAGUGCACAGCCAUGGGGACCUGGAUGGGGGACUCCCCACGCUGUGAAGCCAUCACCUGUCCGGUACUCAGUCCUCCAGACCAAGGAGAGCUGAACUGCUCCCACCUCCACGGGGACUUCGCCUUUGGCUCCACAUGUGCCUUCUCCUGCCAGACAGGGUUUAUGCUGAUGGGGCCAGAGAGCCGCAAGUGCACAGCCAUGGGGACCUGGAUGGGGGACUCCCCACGCUGUGAAGCCAUCACCUGCCCAGUACUCAGUGCUCCAGACUGGGGGGAGCUAAACUGCUCCCACCUGCACGGGGACUUUGCCUUUGGCUCCACGUGUGCCUUCUCCUGCCAGACGGGGUUUGCACUGACAGGGCCAGAGAGCCGCGAGUGCACAGCCAUGGGGACCUGGACUGGGGACAUCCCGCAAUGCGAAGCCAUCAGCUGCCCGGUGCUGGACCCCCCAAGCAGAGGCCAGCUGAGCUGCUCCCACAUGCACGGGAACUUCACAUACAACUCCACAUGCACCUUUUCCUGCGAGGAGGGGUUUGUUCGGAUGGGAGCAGAGGUGCUCCAGUGUGUGGCCACAGGGAACUGGACCAGACUUCCCCCUGUCUGUGCAGAGGACAGUGCCCCCUUCUUAAAGCAAGUCCUGGCUUACAGCAGCGGUACGGCUCUGGCGGUAGCUGGCAUCAUGCUCUCGGGGAUGCUCAUUGCCCUCCUUGCCAAGCGGCUUAGCAACAGAGAGGAGAAGAAGAAGCUCCUAAACCCCACCAGUGACUUAGGAUCGCCGGGCAUCUUCACCAACGCAGCGUAUGAUGCCAACCUGUAA